AUGGAAGUUGUUGGCACUGCAACGGCUCUAGCACCUGGAUCCAUGGGCGAAGGCCAGUUCUCUAUGGCGGAGGAUCGUGAGAAGCUUGCCCCCGUCAUGCGCAGCACUGCAGAAGCUGCCACUCUCAAGGGUGGUAUUGUUCCGGCCAUGGGCGGCCAAGCACUGUCCAAGAACCUGGUUGGCUACACGACUUUGCAAGUUGCAUCUGGAUAUGGGGCGCUAGCUGCCGCAGAGGAGCUGCUCUCACAGCGCUGCCCGGGCCCACUGGAGCUGUCGCGUGCCCUGUGGAAUGCUGCGACUUUUCGGGGCGGCUCGGCGGAGCUUGUACACCGUCUGGUCGAACCUGUACCCUUUUGGGGAGUUUUUUCUUUUUGUUUAUAUAAAGCCCAAAAGGAUAUUAAGUAUAGUGUUUUUUUACAGAGGUUCUAA